CACACACACACACACACGAUUUUAUAGAAGCAAAUAUUCAGUAAAAUGUCUCUAGCACCGCUUUUAACAGAGGUCGUUCUUGCCUUCUGUCUUGCAGUAACUUUGUUAUACAAAUAUGGAAAUAUCUAUCGGCAUCAUCCGAUUGUUACGCUUUCAGUUUUGGUUGCUUGGUAUUUUUCAUUGCUUAUCAUAUUUGUCCUGCCAUUGGAUGUAUCUUCGACCGUGUUUCGACAAUGCGUUGAACAGAGUCUUGGAAAUUUGUCUUUGAUAAAUUCAUUUAAAAAUACUACGGUUAAACCAACGCACGAAUGCAGAGAACCAUGGUCUAUGGUCCCAUCACCUGAAAACGUUUAUCAAAAUCUUUGGAGAAUCGUUUAUUGGACUUCUCAAUGUUUAACAUGGUUGGUCUUACCAUUAAUGCAAUCUUAUAUAAAAGCUGGAGAUUUUACAAUUCGAGGGAAACUAAAGUCAGCGUUAAUAGACAAUGCUAUUUAUUAUGGUAGUUAUUUGUUUAUCUGCGGAGUUCUAUUAAUUUAUAUAGCAUUAAAACCAGGCAUAGAUCUCGAUGGGCCAAAAAUAAAGGCGAUAGCUUCUUCGGCAUCGAAUACUUGGGGUCUAUUUCUAUUAGUUCUGCUUCUGGGUUAUGCUCUCGUCGAAGUUCCACGAGGUUUAUGGAAUGCCAGUAAACCAGGAUAUACGCUACAUUACAGUUACUUUAAAGCAGCAAAAUUGAGUAUAGAUAAAUAUGAAGCCGAAGAAAAUGUCGACGAUGUACUAGAGUCGUUGCAGGCAGCUAAUUUGGCAAUUAAUCCAGGCCACCCGUUUCAUCGUUAUUUAGAAACAAUAUUUCAGAAAGUACCGGCUGAGCUGAGAGAUAGAAUGAAUCGAAGACAACUGCCCGAAGACACGCCGAUCGAUGUUCCAUCUGAGAAAGCAUUGAUCCGUUUACACAGAAAUACGAUUAAGUCACUGCAAACUCUACAAAGAACGGAAACACAAUGGGGUAUCUUGGUGGAUAGCAUAUUUGAUUUAGAAGACAUUGCGAGAAAUCAAAUUAGUCAUGACAAAAAAUUUAAACCCACGUUUCCUGUGCAACACUCAUUAUUGCAGCGUAUUUUAUAUAAUUCUACAAUAGAAUGGUAUUGGAAAUGUUUCAUCAAAAGUUACGUUCAAAAGGUCGCAGCUGUUUCUGCAGCCACAUUGUCAGCUGCGGUUGUGUGGUCAGAGGUAACUUUUUUCAACAAAUCGCCGGUAUUAUCAUUGUUCGCUCAAUUUGUUAAUCUAGCAAAAGUGAAAUACGAUUACUUCACAAUUGAGAUACUUUCGACAAUGGUAAUUGCCUAUUUGUGUUAUUGUGCAUAUUCGACGGUUUUAAAGAUCCGAGUAUUAAAUUUAUAUUACUUGGCUCCACACCAUCAAACUAACGAAUACAGUUUAAUAUUUAGCGGUAUGAUGCUAUGUCGGCUUACUCCUCCAAUGUGUUUAAAUUUUUUGAGCUUAAUUCAUAUGGAUUCACAUAUUAUAAAAACUCAAGUUAUGGAAACACAGUAUACUCAGGUAAUGGGUCACAUGGAUGUUAUAAAAAUUAUAUCGGAUGGAUUUAAUAUAUACUUUCCAAUGGCAAUUCUUGCUUUCUGCUUAGCAACAUAUUUUAGUCUUGGUAGUCGAUUACUAUCCAUACUUGGCUUUCAACAAUUUUUAGGCGAUGACGAGUUCACUACCGACCUCGUCGAGGAAGGUCGAGAAUUGAUCAAAAGAGAGAAAAGAAAACGCCAACGAGUAGAGGAUGCAAUAAGCCGCCGACGAGAAUUUCAAGAAAGAUUAACAAACACGGGAAAUUUAUCACGUUAUCGGACAUCAAGACAAAGUACGGAUACGGUACGAUCCUUGAAACGGGACGAGUCAAUCGAGUCGGUGCGAGCUGGAUUAUUGCGAGACUUCGAGCCCAUGUCGGAAUACAGUGGCGGGGCUCAGUCAUUCGGCAACGAAAAUUACGGGGCCAACGAUCGCUACGAUCAUGGAUUCCAGGUGGACGACUACUCGGACUAUCCGCAGGAUACAUUAAGAACAUUCUCGACAAACAGUAGUCGCGUGGGUCCGCCGCCGAGGGGCUUGUUCGAUGACAUUUAAGCCCGACGUAAUGCAUGUGUGAUCGUGACUUGCCAUUAUCAAUUGAGUAAUCUGCCGAACGAU